AAAAGAAAAGUAAAUGGAAAAAAAUGAAUCGAUAAAGAAUUGUCAAAAAGCCUUGCGCCUACCGACACGGUUUCUUCUUCUCCAGAUUUAGCAUUCGUAGUCCUUUUUCUUCGUCUUCUUCUUCUUCUUCUUCUUCCUUCUCCUUCUCCUUGAUAAAUCUCACUUGGCCUGGGUCGUUGCCCAAUUCAGUAUUCUGUGCUCGGCUCGGGUCCAAUGGAUUGCGGUACUGCCUCUGCGGACCAUCACAUCAAAGGGCUUCCUACCCAUGGUGGACGAUAUGUUCAGUAUAAUAUUUAUGGUAACCUCUUUGAAGUUUCUAAAAAGUACGUUCCUCCAAUUCGCCCCGUUGGUAGAGGUGCUUAUGGAAUAGUUUGUGCUGCUACUAAUGCGGAGACAAAUGAGGAGGUUGCCAUUAAGAAGAUUGGUAAUGCAUUUGACAACAGAAUAGAUGCAAAAAGGACUUUACGUGAAAUUAAACUUCUCCGCCAUAUGGAUCAUGAAAAUGUUGUUUCCAUCAAAGACAUCAUACGACCACCACAGAGGGAGAACUUCAAUGAUGUUUAUAUUGUAUAUGAAUUAAUGGACACGGAUCUCCAUCAAAUAAUACGUUCUACCCAGUUAUUGACAGACGAUCAUUGUCGGUACUUUCUGUAUCAGUUAUUACGAGGACUUAAGUAUGUACAUUCAGCAAGUGUUUUGCAUCGUGAUCUAAAGCCCAGUAACUUGCUUCUUAAUUCAAAUUGUGACCUUAAAAUUGGGGAUUUUGGGCUAGCAAGGACGACUUCUGAAACUGAUUUCAUGACUGAGUAUGUUGUUACUAGAUGGUACCGAGCACCAGAAUUACUUCUUAAUUGUUCCGAAUACACUGCAGCAAUUGAUAUAUGGUCAGUGGGUUGCAUUCUUGGUGAAAUUGUGACCAGACAACCUCUGUUUCCAGGAAAAGACUAUGUCCAUCAGCUGAGACUUAUAACAGAGCUCAUUGGUUCACCUGAUGAUACUAGCCUUGGGUUUUUACGAAGUGAUAAUGCCCGAAGAUAUGUUCGGCAGCUACCACAGUACCCGAAGCAAGACUUCUCUCUUAGAUUUCCUAAUAUGUCUGCAGGAGCUGUUGAUUUGCUAGAGAAGAUGCUUAUCUUUGAUCCAAACAAGCGCAUUACAGUGGAUGAGGCACUUUGCCACCCGUACUUGGCACCUCUUCACGAUAUCAAUGAGGAACCAGUCUGUCCGAUGCCUUUCAAUUUUGAUUUUGAGCAACCAUCAUUUACUGAAGAGAAUAUCAAAGAGCUCAUCUGGAGAGAAACUGUAAAGUUCAAUCCUGAUCCGACUGAUUGAGGAUUAUGUGGUGAUCUAAUGUACACAGUGUACACUAGAUAAUUGGCCAGUUAACAAUGGACCACAAUGCUUCUUCCUCUUGUGGAGGGGGAAAAUAUAGUGGGUUUUACUGAAAAAAAUGUUUUGAGAUGUCAUUCAUCGUCAUUAUCAGACAGUAUCAGACACAUGAUCCUUUGAUGUAUGUAACAUUCAAACCAGUUAAAGCUUGUAGUUAGUAGUAGAGCAGUUGAUCUGUUUAGAGAGCGCCAGUCCCUCGCUGCUGUAGGUUUGUUGUUCUUUGGUCGCCUUACAAACCAGAGCUUAGUGUCGAUUGUUUCUUCUUUUUGAUGUUGACGAAAUGCUUGAAAAACUUUAUUCAUGGGCUACAACCUUUUUGUGUAUUUUGUUUCCAAUAAAUUCUUAUUAUUAUGCCUUCGAGUGGUACUGUA